CCCUCUCUUCUAUUUCUUCCCACUCCCCCACUACAAACCCUUCACUACAAAACUCUUAAACCUUCCUUCUCCCAUGGCUCCUUCAUCACUACUCUCUUCUCUUUCUGUUUUCUUCCUCAUUUUCCUUCCUUCAAUCUCUGCCGAUUACGGCCACGCCACCUUCUACGGCGGUGGUGACGCUUCUGGCACAAUGGGUGGAGCUUGUGGGUAUGGGAAUUUGUACAGUCAAGGAUAUGGAACGAACACGGCGGCGCUUAGUACUGCUCUCUUCAACAAUGGUCUCAGCUGUGGCUCUUGCUAUGAAAUCACUUGCAACAGUGAUCCUAAAUGGUGUCUUCCCGGAAAAAUCAUCGUCACCGCCACUAAUUUCUGUCCACCAAACUUUGCUCUGUCCAACGACAAUGGCGGCUGGUGCAACCCUCCUCUUCAACACUUCGAUUUGGCUGAGCCUGCCUUUCUCCAAAUCGCUCAGUACCGUGCCGGAAUCGUUCCCGUUUCUUUCCAAAGAGUACCCUGUAUGAAGAAGGGAGGAAUAAGAUUCACCAUUAACGGACAUUCAUACUUCAACUUAGUUCUAAUCACCAAUGUGGGCGGCGCCGGAGACAUCCAUUCGGUGUCAAUCAAAGGUUCGAAAACAGGGUGGCAAGCGAUGUCAAGAAAUUGGGGUCAGAAUUGGCAGAGCAACAAUUACUUGAAUGGACAGAGCCUCUCUUUCCAAGUCACCACCAGCGACGGCCGUACCGUCACUAGCUACGACGCCGUUCCGGCGAACUGGCAGUUCGGUCAGACGUUCGAGGGAGGCCAAUUCUAAAAAGAAGCUCAGAGAGGGUAAAACACAGGGUAGAGUAGGAAGAUCUCCGGGCGCCCUCGUUUCGGUGGCCGGCUAUGGCAGUGGUGGUUGACUCACACCCGCUAGGUCUUUGGGAUUUAAAAAACCCAAAAAAAAUAUAUAUAUAUAUAAUAAAUAUAUAUUCAUAAAUAUAAAAUAUAUAGGAAAAUAUUGUGUGUAGAAGAAAAAUGGUUACUGAAGAAGGAGUUUUCUAUGUUUAGAAAGGAAUUGUUGAUUUAGUCCUCUCAAUUUAUUAGUAUGAGGACGUUGCAUUAAUGUUUUCUGUUUUAUAUAUAUAAUUUUUCCUUUUAAUUGAAAAGCUUUAUUUUUCUUAA